AUGUCCCCUCACAUCCCUAUCGCCAUAGGCUGUUGUGCCGCCUUCGGCAUUGGUCUCGCAAUAUACCACAACAACGAUGCCGUCAGAAAUCAGUUUGAUUCCAAAGUCGAUGACAUCAAAUGCACUUUGCAAGACAUCAAGUUUGGGAUCAAAGAAGUCAUGGACAAGCGAAAAGCCAGAAUAAGAAGCCACGAGCAGCAACAACAACAGGAUCACAGUGUCCCCCCAGUCUAUGCUAGCGAGAAAGAAAGCUCUCACAACAAGAUAUUUGAAUAUAGUGAUCCAGAAACCCAGUCGAUCGAUGAAAAAGACCACUACACUAACCGCCGUGAUUCAUCAGUAUUCCACGAUGAUCCCGAAGACGAUAUCUGGAUCAUUUCUGAUGGCGGAGUGAACCAGCAGAGCCAAAGAAAUAAUCGUAAUGACAUUGUUGGUGAAGCAGCAAGAAGCUCAGCAAUCAAUAACGUCAGAGCCGAUGACGGGAUCAAUUUAAGACAUCUUCACAAUGAUUCCCUUGGUAGGCUGUGGCAUGAAAUCGAGGAUGAUUUAACAAGUACCAAUAGUGAAACCACAAAUAGUGAAACCACCGCCAGUUCUUAUGGUUUUGUCGAACACGAAGAAAAUCCCCAAUUUUUUGUGCCUCGGAGAAAUCUUCCGGGAAGUUUGACCAAUUGA